UGGUGGCCGGCUUCAUCUCCAGUGCAGGCGUUCUUUGGGUUGGCGAACGUCGUCGCGACCAUGGCAAGCCAACCGCCCCCGAAGGCUUAUGCCUUCGAUGUUGUCGUCCCUGAGGGGACAAGUCCCGAAGACGUCGUUGACGCGACGGCUUCGAUAGUAUCCUUGGAGGAAGUGUAUUGCGUCCAACACUUCGGCGGACGCAAUUAUCAAGUCACCCUGAAGAGCGAAGCCGCCAUGGCUAAAAUCGUCGACGCUGCCAGCCUCGUCAUCGGGGAUGAACGCGUCUCCAUCGUUCCCCUGAGCCCGCAAGUCACGCAAGUGACCGUCAUGUUUCUACCGUGCCGCGUUUCCAGCGAAACUCUGGCUCAAGCGCUGUCGCCGUUCGGCAAAGUACUGCACAUCAACCGAGGUGUGAUGGGCUCGCGUCCCACUGUCACCACUGGAACGCGCUACGUUCGUAUUGAGAUGAAGCCCGGCUCACCAGUCCCCAACUACCUGAAAGUGGCAGGCCACCGCGUGACCUGCGACUACAAAGGUAUGCAGCGCGUCUGUCGGCGUUGUGGGUCUUCGGGCCAUUUCCGUGUGCAGUGCACGGCGCCCUUCUGCGCAAGGUGCGGCAUCUAUGGCCACAUCGGUAAGGGCUGCAUUUUACCGUGUCUCCGCUUCGGGGAUCCACAUGCAACAGUCGCCUGCUCCCUGCGGCGAACCUACUCGGAGGCGGCGUCGAAGAACUUCCCGCCGCUCCAGUCGAGCACUCACGCACCUGAUCCACCGACCGAUUCGCCAGCCGCUUUGACUCCCGCCCAGGAAGAUGCGCUACAAGCGGUACCAGUUGAAACGCCGGCAACGUCCCCCGCGAGCCCCGAACCGGAGAACUGCGAGAGCGUUCCGGAACCGAUCAUACCUCUGUGCACCCAGGAGAUAGCCGGAGAACACCGUGUCGAACCCCUAGCAUCGCGAGCGCCCACAGAGGACAACGCUCCAGAGGCUGUUUUGUCGCCUUGUCUGCCUGUAGACUCGGCGCCGUGCAGCCUUGUGAUCGAUGAGACGCCUGGCGAGGAUGACGACGCGGCGUCCCUGGGCGACGCAUCUACCAGUACCUCGAGUGCGUCGUCGUCUACAAGAAUUGAAGACGACUGUACUGCUAGUGACGUGAGCGGCAGCAGCCCGGACAUUUUCGUGCCACCCUCCCUCCCCACCACCGGCACGAAAAGGCACCGCGGCUCAACCACCGACUCGGACGUUACGUCGCGUGACAGAAGCCCAUUGAGGGCUUCCUCUCGACCCCGGAAGCCUCGCGCUUCUGCCGGGUCGCCGACGUGGAAGAAAUGAGACUCUCUGCGCCGAUUUC